GGAUGCAGGCAUGUUUGGGGAGAUCCUGACUUACAUCUACUCUGGAACCCUCCAUGUGUCCCUGGACAAAGUGCAGCCCCUGUACCAGGCAGCCGACCUCCUCCAACUGGACUAUGUGAGAGACACCUGCAGCGGCUACAUGGCCAUGAAUGUGAAUCACUCCAACUGUGUGGACCUAUACAAGUUUGCUGAUGUUUUCUCUGUGGACAGUGUUCUCAAAUGUUGUCUGCAGUGGAUCGAUAGAAAUUUUGCUGAGGUUGCCUCCAGUGAGACGUUUUGCAGCCUGAGUGUGAAUCAGCUGACUGAAAUCAUCAGCCACGAUGAGCUGGAUGUUAAAGAGGAGACAACAGUGUGGGAGGCUGUGGUGAGAUGGGUACAACACUGUAGGGAGGACAGACUGCAUCAGCUACCCAGCAUCCUCCCUCACAUCCGCUACAACCUGCUGACCUCAGAUGACACGGCAGCCAUCAUGGAACACCCCCUAGUCAGGGAGGAACCUGGGAGUUCUGAGGUCAUCAGGAAUGUGGUGCAGAGAGGUGCCUCCAACAUGAAGCCAAGAUUUGGGACGGGUGCAGAGGAAAUGGCCCUUUUCUUUGAAACCAGUCCCAACAACAUGCAGGGGAUAAAUCCAAGAUUAGGGAAGUUCUUCCGCUGCAGUUUCUCUGAAAUCCCUCCUAUCGUCAGUGCUACGGUCACCAGUGACAACGACAUCUACGUCCUGGCUGAGGAAUCAGAGGUUCAGAUGUCCCUCCUGUUCUAUAAUCAAAUGAAGGCUGUCUGGGAACGUAAGUCGUUAGUUAAAAAGCUUCCAAGGCCACCAACAGACGAGCAUCUUUUGGCUGUUGAUGGAAAUCUUUAUUACCUUGCUUGUCAUUGGAACCAUCCGUUACAAUCACAGACCAUUACACUGAUGAAGCAUGACUGGAACACAAAGGAAUGGCAUGACUGUUCCCCGCUGAAAGAUGACAUUUCUCGCAUGGAACCAUCAGUGUCAAAUGGUUGCCUCUAUUUGUUAAGCACAGAAGAACUGCACUGUUACAGCCCAAAGAAGGACUGCUGGUUCAUGGCAGCCUCACCAACUUUUCUUAUCGAUGAGUUCUGGACCAGUAUUGCCCUGGGUACUGAGAUCUUCUGCUCGGACAUAGACUUUACUUCUGUGUCAGUGUACGAUACCGAGGCAGACAGGUGGCAGCAGCUUCCAGUUUGGGAAAAUCCAGAAGCGGAGAAUAGAGAUUAUAGUACGUAUUUCUUUGUACUUGAGAACCAGCUGCAUGUGUAUCUAGAUACGGAAGAGCUGGAAUAUCGGCAAGUACAUCUGUAUGACAGGUGUGAGGGUGUUUGGAGAGAAAUAGAUGUCACCCUGGCUGAUGACUUGGUAUGGACAUGUACCCCUAUUGUUGCACGUGUCUACCUGCCAGGUGUGCAGGACAGGUGUGCUAACACAUAGAAUACUACAGAUGCAGGGGGCACACGUGUUUGAUUAUUUAUUACCAGUGCUUCUGUUGGCUUUUGCUGCAAAGCAAUAAUUAUAUUAGCCCUUACUUUUGCAGCCAACAAGUGAACCCUUGUUCCUUAGGCCAUGUUGAUUUGAUUAUAUGAAUGACAUCCGCGCUCGCUUUUCGGCCGUUUC